GCUGCGCACGCGUGUGGCGCAGCGCUAGCUGUGCUGUCUUUGCCGUCUCUGUCGUCUGGGAAGCGGUCGGCGGUAGCGGUUAAGGAGUUCCUGUGCGUAACCCAGAUCAAGAGUUCUUGUCACCUCUCCCUUUUCAGCGUUUGUAAGAGAACUGAGAAAAUGGUGAAUGUUCUGAAAGGUGUCUUGAUUGAAUGUGACCCAGCAAUGAAGCAGUUUCUGCUCUACUUGGAUGAGUCAAAUGCAUUGGGAAAGAAGUUCAUCAUACAAGAUCUGGAUGAAACUCACGUCUUUGUAUUAGCCGAGUUGGUUAACUUCCUUCAGGAGAGAGUGGGCGAGUUAAUGGACCAGAACUCUUUUCCUAUUACUCAGAAGUAGAAAGACCAGAGCAAUAACAUUACCGAGAAUUUCAGUAGCUUGAGUUGUUACUGUAUUAAUAGAUACACUGUGGUUAGUAUGUUCUGCAGGGAAGUGACUACUCCAGAAAAUGGAUAAUUUUCAUAGACAAAAUACUCUUGAAUUGCAUUUUCUUUCUCAUUUUGAAAAGUCAUGGUAUCUUUAUUAAAGUCUUUAAAAGGAUACACUGGAGGAAUGACUGAUCUCUGGUUUUCCUUUAGGAUUUUUGUCUUGCAAGAUGGUAUGACCUAAAAACUACAGUAGUGUUUCUGUACCAGAAUGCUAUAUGAACACCUCUGACAUUUUACAGUCCCGUGGAAUUGAUUAAAUCUGAUUAUACUGUGACUGAGAGAAUGUCUGUUACCCUGUGAUUUGUGAUUGAUGGGACAUAUCCAUAAAUUGAAGACAUGGUCAGAUACUGCUAUAAAUUAAUGAGUUUUAUACACUAAAAUGAAAUUUGGUGUGAGUUUUCUUUGGUGGGGUUUGGU